AUGAUGAGACCUAUGCUUGCUCGCUCCGCUCUACGGAGUGCUCGCUUGUCGAGCUUCAGACCGUUGUGCCAGGCGCAACGCUUCAGCAUCAAGGCUGAGGCCGCCUCGUCCGCACAGCACAUGGGCCUAGAUGCUUCAAAAGUCACCGUUCAGAAGACGGGGGAGCCCAAAGGUCUCAGCAAGCCCGAGGCCUUGGUGUUUGGAAAGGAGUUCACAGACCACAUGCUUGCGAUCGAAUGGAAUCAGGACGAAGGAUGGCUGGAGCCCAAAAUCACACCCUACCAGAACCUCUCUCUCGACCCUGCGACAUGUGUCUUCCACUACGCCUUUGAGUGCUUCGAGGGCAUGAAGGCCUACAAGGACAAGAACGGCAAAGUGCGACUCUUCCGACCCGACAUGAACAUGGCUCGACUCAACAAAUCGGCUGCUCGUAUCGCACUUCCUACUUUCGAGCCCGCUGAGUUCGCCCAGCUCAUCUCCAAGCUCGUCAACCUUGACUCUCGCUUCAUUCCCGACAAGCGCGGAUACUCACUCUACCUCCGCCCUACCAUGAUCGGAACCCAAAAGACACUCGGCGUUGGCCCUCCUGGAUCUGCUCUUCUUUACUGCAUUGCCUCGCCCGUUGGCCCUUACUACCCUACCGGCUUCAAGGCCAUUUCUCUCGAGGCCACUGACUAUGCUGUCCGUGCUUGGCCCGGUGGUGUUGGUGACAAGAAGCUGGGUGCCAACUAUGCGCCCUGUAUCCUUCCUCAGCUCCAGGCCGCCAGCCGUGGUUUCCAACAGAACCUCUGGUUAUUUGGCGAGGAAGAGUUCGUUACCGAGGUCGGCACCAUGAACAUGUUUGUCGCUCUCAAGAACAAGGAGACUGGCCAGAAGGAGCUCAUCACCGCUCCCCUCGAUGGCACUAUCCUUGAGGGUGUCACCCGUGACUCUGUCCUGGCUCUUGCUCGCGAGCGCCUUAUUCCUCAGGGCUGGAAGAUCACCGAGCGCAAGUACACCAUGAAGGAGCUUGCUGAGGCUGCGGAUGAGGGUCGUCUGCUCGAGGCCUUCGGUACCGGAACAGCUGCCAUUGUCAGCCCUGUCCGAUCCAUCUCAUGGAAGGGAAGGCUCGUUGACUGCGGUCUGUCUGAGGUCGAAGAGUCUGGCGAGAUUGCUCUUCAGAUGAAGGACUGGAUCGAAGCCAUCCAGUAUGGUGACGAGGAGCACGAGUGGAGCUACACUAUCUAA